AUGGGCCAACGUCACUCGUCAGCUUCCAAGGAUAGGGAUGCGCCGCCAGUGCAGAAACCUCAUUCUUCUCCUUUCCGUGAAACCCACUACAUAGACGAGGAAGCUGUAUCGAAGCUCUUCCUACGUGAAGAUUCAUCUCCAUACCCAAGCUUCCACACCCUCGGACCUCUUCCUGUCGAACUCCUCCUUCACUGCUUCUCUUUCAUGUCACUCAAAGCCCUAAUUGUAUCGCGCGGGGUCUCCAUGGAAUGGCGACGUCUUGUUGGCAUCGCAAACAUCAUUCCUGCGCGCCGGAGGCUGUUGCACCUCUACGAUACUUUAAUCAAUUCUCGUUACUUCUUUUACACGCGCCCAUGGACACUCGAUAAUGUCAAGCCUUUCGACCGGAGGGAGUACAUCAACGCCCUCCUACGCCAGCACACAUAUAUCCCACCCGAUUUUUAUUUUUAUAUCCUUGAAUGGCCAGAGCGAGUCGUCAUCGACUGCUGGCCUGGGUUGCCCUUUGUCGACUGUCCAACGAAGACCAUCCAACGCAGAGAUGGCAUCAACUUUCUCGCAAAAAAGCCACCACAACUAUCCACUCUCAUCCGUACCAACGAUGAAUGGCCGAAUCCCAAAGUCGAAUUGGUACCAGCACUCUUGACCUGGAGAACCUCACAUGGUUCGGAGUGGCUCAUUUUCGAUGAGAGACCCGAUCUCUUCGGUCGAGUUUUCAUUGCCUAUUGCGAUGAUGGAGAUGUUAUCGACAUCGGGAAUGAUGAUGGUAUGCUGUACGAUGAUUGGGUUGCAGUCCGGCGAGAAUGGUGGAGGAGGUGGGGUGGAUCGACACACUCUCCAUUUCUAGGCAAUUAUGGCCCUAGUACGGUAGGGCCUGACCACGUCCUACCAGUCAAACCAACAAACGACAAUUUCCUGAACAACAGCCGCCAUGACGUUCCAGCUCCUCCUUGGAGCCGACGUCAGGAGCCCCAGUUUCAACAACGCUUGUUCACAAUCUGGCAAUAA